UGUUCUAACAUCCAUAACAAUAUAAUUUUAUAGAAUAUUGUCAAAUGUUAAGCGAGUGGUUUAUGACCAGAUAUUUCAUCAAAUUCGUUUAUAAUAAAAGUUUUCAGUUUAAUAAAUUAAAUUAUAGAAAAUUUUCGACAUUAUCUAUGAAAAUGAGUUCAGUUAAAAUUGGAACACACAAUGGAAUAUUUCAUUGCGAUGAAGUACUUGCUUGUUGUAUGCUUAAAAUUCUUCCUGAGUAUAAGGAUGCCGAGAUUGUGCGGACUCGAGAGUUAUCAAUAUUAGAAACCUGCGAUGUAGUUGUUGAUGUUGGUGAUAUAUAUGAUCCCAAAAUUCACAGAUAUGAUCACCAUAUGAAAACAUUUAGUGAAACGAUUAGUACUGUAUUAAAAAAUCCAAAUUAUAAUUCAACUAUAAAACUUAGUAGUGCUGGUUUGAUCUAUUGUCAUUUUGGACACAGAAUAAUUAAACAAUUAUUUCCUGAGAUAACUGAAGAGGAUACCGAAGCAGUUUUUACAAAAGUAUAUGAUAAUUUAAUCACAGAAAUUGAUGCUUUAGAUAAUGGAGUAUCAAUGACUGUUGAUGAACCAGUUUACCGAAUAGUCACAGAUUUAUCAUCCAGGGUUGGAAAACUAAAUCCUCCAUGGAAUAGUAAUUUGAAUCAAACUACACAAUUUACUGAAGCACUAAAUCUAGUUCGAGAAGAAUUUUUAUCUUUUGUUAAUGAUUGUGUACAUAUUUGGUUACCAUGUAAAGUGAUAGUCGAAGCAGCUAUUCAAAACCGCUUUCAGGUUGAUUCAAGUGGUGAAAUAAUUAAGUUGAGUCAAGCAUGUCCAUGGAAGGAACAUUUUUUUGCCAUUGAAAAACAUCUUAAUCUCGAACCGAUUAUAAAGUUUGUCAUUUUUUAUAACAAUAAUUACAUGGUGCAAGCAGUACCUGUGAAGCCUGGUAGUUUUGUAUUGAGAAAAACUUUGCCUGCAAAGUGGGGGGGUCUAAGGAAUGAAAAACUAGUUGAAGUAUCUGGCAUUAAAGAGUGCGUAUUUGUUCAUGUCAAUCUUUUUACUGGAGGAAAUAAAACUGAAGAAGGAGCAAUGCAAAUGGCACGUGAAGGUUUAAAAAUAGAAUAAAAAUAUUGUAAUAUUUCACUACAAA